AUGAUUAUAUUAUCAAAUUAUUUACAAAAAUUAAUAAUUAAAUUAAUUUGUAAUUUUAUAAAUAAAAAAAAUAAAAAAAAAUUAUUAUGUAGUAUUCAAGAAUUUGAAAAAACCAAUGAAAUUAUUAAAAAAUUAAUUUUUAAUAUUUCAUUUGUAUCAAAAGAUUGGUUUUUAAUUGUUUCAAAUAAUAUUAAAACCAUUGGUGAUGUUAAUUGUUUAUUUAAUAUUUCAAAAGAAUGGUCAAUUUUUAAAAAAAAUAAUAUAGAAUCAAUUAGAAUACUUGAUAAUCAAUUAUUGGAAUUAUUAAAAUUAAAUAAAUUAAUUGAGGAGAAAUCAAUGGAAAAUUUAAAAAAAAUUAAAAUUAUAAAUUCAUUAUCUUCACCACUAUUUCUAUCAAUAAUUAGUAAAUUAAAAUUCAGUAAUAUUAAAAUUCAAUUUUUAAAUUUAAAUGAUUUAAAUGAUGAAUAUUUGAAAAUGUUUGAUAUCACUAAUAUAAAAUCAAUUUUCUUUUUAAGAGUUGAUAAUUGUUCAAAUAUAAUAAAUGUUUUAAAAAAUUUAAAACCAUUUAAAUCUAUUCCAAAACAUAUUGAAAUCGUUAGUCUAUUUAAUAGAUUCCCAUAUAAACAAUUAUUUUAUGAUAAUGAAUUUAAUUUAAAUAAAACUCAAUCACUUAAAACAUUUAAAUCCACAAAUGAGGAUAUAACAAUCGAAGAACUCUAUUAUAUCUUAUCAUCAUCACCAAAUUUAAAAUUUUUAAAUAUUGAUUUAUGUUUAAAUAAACUUGAUUUUUAUUUAAAUAAACAACCACAACAGCAAUUCUAUCCAUCAUUAGAAUGUGAUUGUAAUAGUAUAAUAUAUAAUGAUAAUGAGGAUGAAUCAUUUUUAUUUUAUUGGGAAUUAUUAAAAGAUCAAUUUCGAUAUCAUAAAAAUUUAAAUUCAUUAAGAAUUAAUAAUAAAUGUUCAACAGAGAAUUAUAAUGAAAAUUUAAUAUCAGAUUCAUCAAUUCCAAUUAUUGCUUGUUUAAUUUCAAAUAAUAAAUCAAUUAAAACUUUAAAAAUUGUAAAUUUCAAUUCAUUAAAUCUUUUAAAAUUUAUUCUUUUAAAUAAUGAUACAAUUAUUCAUUAUAGUGUUAGAUUAUUAAAUACAAAUUCUUAUCCAUUAAAUUAUUUUAAAAAUGAUAUUAAUGAAAUUAAUGAAAUUAUAACUUCAAAUGAUAAUUUAAAAAUUUCAUCAUUUAAAACUAAAAUUAUUCAAGUUAACCAAAAUGGAAUCACUAAUAAAGAAGUUUUAUAUAAUAUUACUAAAAAUUAA